CUCAGUGCUCGUUUGUUAUGACCCUUUUGCUUUCUUUUUUUUCCUCUCGGUUUCUCCAAGCAGCACCCCCUUGUGAAGCUUCCUCCCCUCUAUCCCUCCCCCUCCCCCCACCAUCCUGAGCUGCAAGUUAAAGAAAGAAGAAGAGGAGAGAGAGGAGCAUCUGCCGCCCGGUCCUUCAUCUGGGGGGAAUGUGGACUAAGUUCCCCGCAUGAGAACGAGGCGGAGGCGGAUGAUAAUGAUGAGAGCAAGUGGAGCAGGACUCGUCUAGAUUCACUCCCAGCACCAGGAUACACAUUUAUACUCGCGGCAUCUGGAAUCCCUUCAUCACCCGUUAUUAUUAUUUGUAGCAUUUUGUAUUUGUACGUUUUGCUUUUAUGCCCAUCCUGUGCACUUCCACAGCAGAGUCUCGCCACUGACACUCAGUACUGACACUGGGCACAGUCGCACGGACAUGCUACUAGACGCUGGUCCCCAGUUCCCGGCCCUGGGUGUGGGCACAUUUGCCCGACAUCACCACCAUCAUCACCAUCACCAUGCAGCGGUAGCGGCGGCGGCAGCAGCAGCCGCAGAGAUGCAGGAGAGGGAGCUGAGUCUGGCGCAGAACACUUUCGUGGAACCUACUCACAUGGGCGCAUUUAAGCUGAAUCCCGGCGGUGGCUCCGGGGGAGGGAGCGGCGGCGGCGGUGGAGGAGGAGGAGCCGGUCCAAAUGGGGGAGCCGGGGCCAGUGGACCCCACGAUUUGUCCCCCCCAGGGCAGACUUCUGCUUUCACCUCACAAGCCGGUUACCCCACCUCCGCCCUGGCACCCCAUUCAGCCUACUCUGGAGCCGCUGCCUUCAACAGCCCACGGGACUUUUUAUUCCGCGGACGCGGUUUCGCAGAGGGAUCGGCAGCUGCGGGCGGGGGGCAGCACGGCUUGUUUGGGCCCCCAGCGGGAAGUCUUCACCACCAUCCGCACCACCACCACCAGCUCUCCCACGCGGAGCACCCGCAAGGACACCUACUAUUCCCCGGGAUUCACGAUCAACACGCGGCUGCCUCCCAGAACACAUUGGGUGGCCAGAUGCGCCUUGGUUUGCCCGGAGAGGUGUUCGGUAGGACGGAGCAAUACCGCCAGGUAUCCAGCCCCAGGGGGGACCCAUACACAGCCGCCCAGCUGCACAACCAGUACUCCCCUAUGAACAUGGGCAUGAACAUGGCAGCCCACCACCAUCAUCACCACCACCACCCGGGGGCCUUCUUCAGGUACAUGAGACAACCGUGCAUCAAGCAGGAGCUCAUCUGUAAGUGGAUCGACCCCGAGCAACUCAACAACCCCAAGAAAAGCUGCACCAAAACCUUCAGCACAAUGCACGAACUCGUUACUCAUGUGUCUGUGGAGCACGUCGGGGGGCCAGAGCAGAGCAACCAUAUCUGCUUCUGGGAGGAGUGUCCUAGGGAGGGAAAGCCGUUCAAAGCCAAAUACAAACUGGUGAAUCACAUCAGAGUACACACUGGCGAGAAGCCCUUCCCUUGCCCCUUCCCUGGAUGCGGCAAAGUCUUUGCAAGAUCGGAAAAUCUCAAAAUCCACAAAAGGACGCACACAGGAGAGAAGCCCUUCCAGUGCGAAUUUGAAGGCUGCGACAGGCGAUUUGCGAACAGCAGCGACAGGAAGAAGCACAUGCACGUGCACACCUCGGACAAACCCUAUCUGUGUAAGAUGUGCGACAAAUCGUACACUCAUCCCAGCUCUCUAAGAAAACACAUGAAGGUGCAUGAAUCUUCUCCCCAAGGCUCAGAGUCCUCUCCGGCUGCCAGUUCUGGCUAUGAAUCCUCCACCCCACCAGGUCUGGUCUCCCCAAAUUCUGAAACGCAGAACCCCAACUUGUCCCCAGCAGCAGCGGCGGUGUCUGCAGUACACAAUGUGUCCAGCGGGGCUAGCGGAGCCCUCGCAUCAAACUUCAAUGAAUGGUAUGUGUAGGGGACACGCUUCUACUUCCCUGGGACAACUGUUCGGCCACUAGAGACUUUUUUUGUGGUCACAGCUUCACCAGCGAUAAACCCAGAACUUAAACAACGGCAGCGUUAUCUCCUAGGAGACACCCACCAGCAAGGAUUACAUCCGAACCAUUCAGUGCGCACACAGAUAUUUAUCCGCAUGGAGAGAGUAAAUCACCCAACAGAAUGUAUUUAUUUCCCCUCCCCAAAAGAAAACGUGUUAUUACUCCUCAAGGUGUGAAUACAGAGUUGAUAAAAAAAAACACCCGCAAAGGACAUGUUGAUGGAUGCCUCCCUCGGUGUAUAUACAAUUUGUUCGGUUUUUAGAUUGUUUUACAUAAUAUAUGAUGGACGUACCCUUCAUUCACCUGUUUAAUAUGAAGCUUAUUUAAUUUUCUUUUAUUAGAGGAAUCCUGACUUGUCAUUUUUAGUGCCCCGGAAUGGAGGGGGACACAACGAGUGCCAAAGUCUCCAGAUGGUUCCUACAAAACUAAAAAAAAAAAAGGCAGGCAUUUCUACAAAAGGCUUGUGAAUGUACUUUUCUGUUAAAUGGGCUUUAUGUGAUGUUUUCUGUGCUUUUGCAAGUUGAAUUUGUUAGUUACUGUUUGGAAAAGCGCCGAGGCAAAAAUAAGUAGCCGUUGUGCAGUCACCCUAUAGCAGCCUUUCUUGUGUAAAAAAUAAAUCGCUACCAUAUUUAUCCAUUUGUAAUUAAAUUAUGGUAUGAACUUGCAACAGAGGAAACACUAUUUAUAAAGAUUGUUUCUUGACUAUAAAUAUGUACAUUUGUGAGCAUAAAUGUUUUCAGAUUUUUUUUUUUCUUAUUUUAUGUGGUCUCUACAUUUUUGUGACAUGUUUUAAAAGUAAUGCAUACAGACCUCCUAAUAAAAUGUGUUGAAACUGCGACAUCAAACACCAAAAA